UCAUCAUCAUCAUCAUCAUCAUCAGCAUCAUCAUCAUCACACACUUCAAACGCGCGCAACCAUACGCACCCAAUGCAAUCGCGCGUGCGGCGAGAAGACCCAUUUGAUCCUGAGAACCCAACAUGCACACUAUCAAGCAUCCUCAAGCGCAACUGCAGCUAUCCUCCUUCCACGUUGCCCACAGCCACCCUGGAGAUUGUGUUUGACACCUCCUUGGAGGAGGGCCCGCUGGUGACAGACGCGCGAGAGAACAAGGGCGCCGAUGACGUUGCAGCCGCCUCACAGUACCUUCAAGCUCAGACAGCCACGUGGCGCCCGCGCAACCUGCGCCUGUCCGGCGUGGUGCUCGAGGACGACCUGCGGUGGGUGCUGGACAGCGGAACGUGGGACCGAGCUGCUGAGCUGAUCAUCAACGGGAUGGAGGUGCCCGCCCUUCACCUCAACAUACUCAACCCCCUGCCUGUGCUGCAAGGGCUUCAGAUCACCCAUGGUCACGUCAAUCGCGUGGCCCUGCGUCGCAACGCGAGCGAGCAGCCAUUUCUUCGUGCAGCCUUUCUGCGAGAGCUGCGUCUCAACUUUCUCAGCAUUCGACACAUCAGCAGCGACGCAUUUGCCGGCAUGGAGCGUGUCGUCACCCUCGACCUCUACGCAAACCAGCUCACCACCAUCACCAACACCACCCUGGCCAGCAUGACGCAGCUCAGCAUUCUGCUCCUUCGCCAGAACCACAUCAGCAGCAUCCACGACAACGCGUUUGCACAGCUCACGCUCCUGCGCACCCUUAACCUCGUUGAGAACGACCUCACACUUUUUCCCGCACGCGCCUUUGCAAAUGGCCUUUCCAACCUGGUUGCCCUGCAACUCUGGAGCAACCCCAUUGGCGCGCUUCCACCGCUCGCCCUCGCGCCCCUCGUCAACUUGCAGCGCAUCUUCCUGGACAAGUGCGAGAUUGGCCAUGUCCCAGCGUCUGCCUUUCAACACAAUACACGACUGACACACAUCAACCUGAGCAGAAAUAAACUUUCCAGCCUUCCGCCCGGAAUAUUUGCGUCGCUCACGCGGCUGGCGAUCGUCCGACUGGAGGGCAACGCGCUGCGACGUGUCGACCGUGCGUGGUUUGCCGACGGUGCCCUGGCGUUGGAGCAGCUGACCGUGUUCCAGAACCAAAUCACACACGUGGAUGCUGAGCUGCUCCCAACCGCACCGGCGCUGGCAAGCCUGCAAGCACAGCACAACCUGCUCGACGCCACCAUUUUGCAUUCCAUUCACGACCACCCGCGACUGGCAAUCCUUGACCUUGCCUUCAACCGCAUCUCCACCGUCCCUCAUGGCACGCUCACCAACCUCACACAGCUCUUCUUGCUGAGCCUGAGCCACAAUGGCCUCACCCGAUUCCCCGCACGGUCGUUCCCGCAAUUGGACGCGCUCCUAUUGGACGGAAACCCGCUCACAACUGCACCGGCUGUGCGGGGCACCCAACACCUAGCUGAGCUCGCCAUCACUGGCCACCGCAUUGCCAAGAUUGACAUGACCCCACUCCUGCAGCUCACACGCCUGCAUCGCCUGGACCUGGCUGCUGCAGCAACCCCACUGUCCCCGCCUCCUGUCGUGACGAUCCGCAGCGAAUCGGACCAGCUGCGCCCGUCAAGCCGGUUCCGUGCACUCGAUGUCCUCAACAUGGACGUGACGCAGCCGCUCUCUGCGCUCAUCGCAAGCCACGCCGUCACGCUGGACGAGCUGUCCCUUGGCUGGAGUGGCAUGGACGAGACCACUGUGGCCGUGGACGACAUCUGUGCGCUGCUGUCCGACACAGUCUCGCGCUUUGAGCUGUCCAACACGGCAUUCACGCACGUGCGCCUGUGCGAUGGCGUCGCCUAUGACGCCGUCUUCCUCCAAGACAACCUGCACCUGCAGAGCGUGAGCAGUGUCGGCGGCGUGCAGCAGCUCAACGUGUCCGGGUGUCCACGUCUGCAGCAGCUGCAGGUGCCGUCAGCAGAGGUGCUGGACAUCAGUGGCACACGGGUGCCGCUGUUCCGUGGACUGUGCACGUCGCUUGGAACACGCACGGUUGUUGCACGCAACUGGCAGACUGGGGACUUGACAAACACAGCACGCUUGCGGCAGCUGCUAUCCCAGUGCUUGGCGUUUGGGGGUGUGGAUGUGCUGGACCUGAGCAACAAUGCGCAGCUCAAUCGACCCAGCGUCGUGAACAGCGUGGUUGCGAACGUUAUCGUCUUGGGAGAGGACGAGACAUACCUGGGCGAUGACUUGGUGCCCCUUGCAGGCCGCUCCACCACUUCCUUUUUCCAGCUCGCCAACAACCCCAUCGCGUGCCAGCUGCAGUUUGUAAACUUGCACACGCGCCAGUCGGCCGUGGUUCGUCAGGUCAGAUUUCGACAGGUGGGCUACCUGUACACGUGCCAGUGUGCGCAAGGGUACGAGCAUCGCGGUGGCCGCUGUCGUGUGAUCGAGCGUGACAACACAGCAGCGGUGCUGGGCACGCUGGCAGGCUUGUUGGCGUUCCAGGGUAUCCUGUUCGCCGCGUACCGCACAUACACACGACAGCGACGCCUGCAGGCGGACAACGCGCUGAAGGAGCAGCUGCUGGUGGAGCGAGACGCGGAGGUGAUGGCACUGAAGAAGGUGUGGGAGAUCGAGUACGAUGAGCUGAGGAUGAUCAAACGGGUUGCUGCGGGUGCGUUUGGCGUGGUGUUCAAGGCACAAUGGGACACAGUCACAGUGGCAGUGAAGGUGCUGCAGCAAGGGGUGAUGAUGUUUGACGAGAGCACGGUGGUUGAGUUUGAGAAGGAGGUGGAGUUCUUGCAGCGGACACGGCAUCCACACGUGGUGCGGUUCUUUGGGGCGGGCACCGAUCCCAACGGCAGCCCGUUCCUUGUGCUGGAGUUUGUGGCGAUGGGGUCGCUCAAGGACUUGUUGGGCAAGGACAUGGCGCGGGUAUUGCAGGAGGUUGCAGAGAGGAACAAUGAUGAUGAUGCUGAAGGAGAAGAGAGGGAGGAGAAGGCAGAAGGGAUGGCGGGGGUGUGGGAGCUGAAGCUGCGGCUGUUGCGCGAUGUUGCGAGUGGGAUGGCCUUUAUCCACAGUUUGGAUCAAGUGCACAGGGAUCUGAAGAGCGGCAAUGUGCUGGUGUCAUCGCGACUGCGUGCCAAGAUCACGGAUUUCGGAUCCAUUCGCCAGUGCCUCGCGGGUGGCACCGCAAACGUGCCAGCCACUCCAGCUGCACGUGCUGGUGACCUGACGUACUCGCAGGCGGCGGGCACCGCGACGAUGAACCCGAGCAUGACAAUGACGGCGGGUGUGGGGACGCCGCUGUACAUGGCGCCGGAGGUGCUGUUGGGCGACAAGUACAACGCCAAGGCAGACGUGUUCAGCUUUGGGGUGCUGAUGUGGGAGGUGGCGACACAGCGUGUGCCUGACUUGAUUGAGCAGGAGAAAGGGAGCAACUUCCGUGGUCCCAUGCUUGCCACUCUGAGCCAGCUGCUGCAGGAAGGGAGGCGCUUGCGGUUCGAAGAUGGCGAUGAGGAGGUGCGUGACUGGUUUGUGCAGUUGACUCUCAAGUGUGUGGGCAACAACCCAUGGGAACGGCCGUCGUUUCAAGAGUUGGAGAUGAAGAUGCAUGUGAACAAGGGAUGAGAUUAGUGGCAGAACGUGUUUUGCCGUGGUUGUGAUGCUUGUGCGUGUGUGUUUGCCUCUCUGCAAGCGACAGAGAGAGAGAGAGAGAGAGAGAGAGAGAGAGAGAGAGAGAG